CGCUGCCGCCGCCGCUGCUCUUCGUGUGCAUCCUACGAGCUCAUCCUACGAGCCAGUACAUCGCCGGUCGUUGUCGCGGCAAGUCGCCCGAUGCGAGACUAGAAGAGUACACCGCACUGGAGAUCGUCACCGAUGAGUUUGGCCUGCUGUUCGCUGCUGCCUCUCUAAUCGCAAGCGUGUGUGAUGCCCGGGAGCCGCUCCAGCACGGACCCAGAGCACAAGUCACCGCGGGAAAGUGGUGAAGACUCGGAGGAUGAGAGCGAGAUCCUGGAAGAGAGCCCGUGCGGGCGGUGGCUUAAGCGCCGGGAAGAGGUAUAUGUAGGUUCCAAAUCAACGUUAGCUGAGGGUUCUAGCUUCGGAUCUACACGAGGAACAGAAAACGAAGUUACUGAUACAAUGGAAGUGGAACAAAGAGAUGUUCCAGGAAUUGACUGUGCCUAUUUGGCGAUGGAUACAGAAGAAGGUGUUGAAGUGGUAUGGAAUGAAGUGCAAUUUUCGGAAAGGAAAAACUUCAAGGCCCAGGAAGAAAAGAUACAACUUGUUUUUGAGAACCUCACGCAAUUGGAGCACCCUAACAUUGUUAAAUUUCAUAGGUAUUGGACAGAUACCCAUAAUGACAAACCCCGAGUUAUAUUUAUAACGGAAUAUAUGUCAUCUGGGUCCCUGAAACAGUUCCUAAAACGAACGAAACGUAAUGUAAAAAGGUUGCCGCUACAAGCGUGGAAACGGUGGUGUACGCAAAUACUUUCUGCACUCAGUUAUUUGCAUUCCUGUUCACCUCCUAUUAUACAUGGGAAUCUUACCUGUGACACUAUAUUUAUCCAACAUAAUGGACUUGUAAAAAUUGGUUCAGUAGCCCCAGACGCAAUUCAUCAUCACAUCAAGACUUGUAGAACAAACAUGAAAAAUAUGCAUUUUGUUGCCCCAGAAUAUGGAAAUUCCGUCACACCUGCCAUUGAUAUUUAUUCGUUCGGGAUGUGUGCUUUGGAGAUGGCUGCGUUGGAAAUUCAGGGAAAUGGUGAUACGGGUACAAUUGUUACCGAAGAAAACAUCCAGAAGACAAUAGAAUCUUUAGAUGAUGUUCAACAAAAAGAUUUUAUUCGUAAAUGUCUUCAGGUGGACCCACUUAGUAGACCGAGUGCGAGAGAAUUGCUAUUUCAUCCCGUUCUGUUCGAAGUACAUUCUCUCAAGCUGCUUGCAGCACACGCCUUGGUCAACUCAGCUACUAACAUUUCGGAAACAAUCACAGACGAAGUGUUACAAAGGCUAUAUGGACCAGAUACUGUAGUUGCCGAAAUAAAGUAUCAAGGAAUACCUCCGCAACAAAUUCGUUUAAGUGAUAUUCCUGUUACGGAGAAAUUAGAAAAAUUUGUUGAAGAUGUAAAGUACGGAAUAUAUCCAUUGACUGCAUUUAUGGCGAAAUUACCUCCGCCUGUCCGACCGAGGGCGAUAUCGCCCGAAGUGACAGAAUCGGUUAAAUCGGUUACACCCGAGCCCGUGGACGUGGAGUCUCGAAGAGUAGUUAAUAUGAUGUGUAAUGUUAAGCCUAGAGAAGAUAGUAGUGAAUUACUUAUGACAAUAUUGUUGCGAAUGGAUGACAAAAUGAAUAGGCAAUUGACGUGUCCUGUGAGCCAAAUGGACACCUCAAUGCUUCUCGCACAGGAACUUGUACAUUUUGGAUUUAUUAAUGAGAACGAUCGUGAUAAAAUAGCCAAUUUAAUUGAAGAGGCAUUGAGGAGAUACUUCAACAAGCAAAUAGUGACGCCAGGAAUGGUAUCAUUAACUAAUCUUCCUACUCAAACUACUUUAUUGCUGCCUGGUUCGGAAUUUCCAUGUCUGCAACAUUUUGACAAUUCCGUGUGCAACGCCACAACAUCCAAUAGUGAUAAUGCAACUAACCUGCUGCCAAAAACCUCAGGUAUACCUGUGUCAAGUAACAAAACGAGUAAACUUCAUGAUGAUGCAGAACCGCCGACAAUCAGCGAGAGCGGUAGUUAACCAUCCAGGACGUCUGAUAACUCAGUUCACUGUGCCACUUUGCACGCUUUAUGUAUAGACUGGCUAUGUAUUUUUAUAUUUAAGUAAACAGAAUGAAGAGGAAUGGAAGUAAAAAUGGGAGGGUGCCGUGGCUACACCUCUAAGCUGAAUAUGACUGCAAAUUAGGAACUGCUUAGUAUAUUUACUUUCGUAUUUAGGCUCUUGAAGUAAUACUUCCGUUGUCAAAUUUCGUUGAUCCUCUAUAUUCUAUAGUUUUUACGUUAUACAGGUCUCACCUGUUAUAUCGUUAUAUAGGUAUGCGACAAAGAAUGUAUAAAUCUAAUGUAAAAAGACCAAAUACUUGUGAUUGUAUAAUUAAGAGGAUAAUUAGAGGUCUGCUGGAUAUUGAUUCAUAUUUAUACGAAGCUACGUACGAUUUGAUACUUACCUGUCGUAAUCUACCUAUCGGGAUACAGUUACGAAAGUUCGUUAUGAAUCAUGUUUCUCAUAACAUCUCUUAGAAUUACAAAACAUGAAAAUUAAUACGCCGAAAUUGUAUAUCAUGCUUUUCAUCAUGACAACGUAUACCAUAAAAUUUAUUUUGUGCGUGCAAAUCGACAAAAAUUAAUUCGAUUAUCCGUAAGAAAAAAAAAACUAUCUCUUCAUUGUACAGCUAUUAUAAAAUCCAUUAAUAUUUAAAUAUUGUAUGGAUUCUUAAUUUUUUCUUUCGGACAAAACUUUCUAUCUAUUAACACAUUUAUUAUUUUUGUCAAAAUACUCAGUCUAUUGUAAAGUCUGUCAAAAAAAGUGAGCGAAUAUAAAUAUUCGCGAGAGAAAGUACAGUAGCGUGCUUGUUCAUUUUACUUUUAGUUCUGUAGGCAAGAUUGUAAGAGAUGUAAUAAUGGCUCAAUAGCGUAAUUUGGUAGUAAUCGGAUAAAGCCACGGCCCUGCUCUAUACUUGGGUAUUAUUGAUGUGAUUAAACCAAGAUUAAAUCUCGAUAAAAUUAGCCGAAAAUCCUUGUAAAUAUUUUAUAUUUUUAAGAAAAAUCUGUUGAACACAGAAAACUAGUCAUAUAGGUAUAUUCAAGUGCUAACAGACUAACACAGAUCUUAUUACGUCUUUUGCAUUUAUAACACGUGCUUGGCCAAGAGAAAUACCGCUCCAAUUUCAUACCUCGGUCGAAUCAAUUUCAGUGAAGCAUUUCUCAUUAAGUAAACGACUAACUCUACUAGAGGUACCUAUUACCUACAACAUAAACUUCGAUCUUAAGUAUGUAAGUAGAUUAUCAAACUAAAUUGAAUGUGUAUAGCUUUAUAAUACAAAUUAUAAACGACGAAAAAAAGCGCGACGACUGACUCGUGGAUAUUAUGAAAGGGCUGUACGAUGACAGUGAUAAAUAAAUACUUUAACUCGGAAA